AUGCGUCCUGUAAAAAGCAACAUGUUCCUUGUGUGUGUAACUGUGGGCCUAGUACUCUUGGCCUCCAAAUAUCGCAGAAAUGUUUUUCAAAGUGUUAAACAUCUCUGUCAAUAUAUAAAGAGUAAAAAUGGUAAACAAAGUGACGAUAAGAAAAAGGAUCUUAAAAUUACAUUGGAUAAAAUUAUUUUGGCUGAUACUCCUGAGAAAUGUGAUUACGCCGUUCAGCGUAUUCGCUGCAACUUAUCUAAUGAUGUAUUGGGUUUUGAUUGUGAAUGGAUUAAUGGAGGACCUGUUUCUUUACUUCAACUUGCAACAUUUAAUGGAGUAUGUGGCCUAUUCCGCAUUGGUAAAAUUGGAUACAUUCCACAAAAAUUAAAAGAAUUACUAACUAGUAAACAUAUCCUUAAAGUUGGAGUUGCUUCAUAUGAAGAUGGGCAAAAGAUAAUAGCAGAUUAUGGGUGUAGGGUUUGCAGUACACUUGAUUUAAGGACAUUAGCAGAACAUGUGAAUUUACCAAGUCCAAAAAGUUUAGCUGCUAUGAGUUUACAAUAUUUGGGUUUGGAAAUGGAUAAACUAAUUGAAGUAAGGUGUAGCAAUUGGAAUGCUGUCACUCUUACUGACGAACAAGUAGCAUAUGCUGCUUGCGAUGCAAUUGUGUCUGUUCUUAUUUAUGACCAAAUCAUGCAGAAGAUGAAAGAAAAAUAUUCUUUGUGGGAAAAUUUGAUAAAUUAUAUAAAAAGUUUAUGUAAUAAAAGCAUAAAUAUGCAAUUUCAUUGUUUACCUAAUGAUGUAAUUGAUACAAGGUUCAAGGUUCACCAAGAACACAUAACUGUUAAUCAAAAAAAUAUUAAAAAUAAUUAUUUUGAUAAGAUUACCAGAGAUUUAAAAACAAACAAUAAUAUUACACAUAAAAGUAAUAUACCUACAAGGAAUAAACCAUUAUAUCACAAUUGUUAUUUACAAGCUCCAGAUGGAGAAAUAUUGUGUACAUGUGACCGUAAGAAGGCAGAAUGGUAUGUUACAAAAGAAUUGGGAGAUGUAAUUGAGAAAGAACCAUUUACUGUGAGGUUGAAGUUUGAACCUUCUGGACGAGCUUUGGGAGAGGUGGGACAAUAUUAUACACAAAUUAAAAUUAACCAGUGUGUAGUUUGUGGUACUUCAGAUAAAUUUAUUAGAAAAAAUGUUGUACCUCGAGAAUAUCGUAAAUAUUUUCCGUUGGUUAUGAAAGCUCAUCAAUCUCAUGAUAUAUUAUUAUUAUGUCCAUCCUGUCACGAAAUAAGUAAUUGUCAUGAUCUGCAGCUCAGAAGAAAGCUAGCAGAUAUGUGUGAUGCACCUUUAGCUGGUCCAUUAACACAUGUACGUAAUAAAUAUGUAAAUAAUUGGAGGAAAUUACAUUCAGCUGUUAAAGCUUUAAGAGAAAGAACUACUUUACCUGAUGCACGACGUAAAGAGUUAGAACAUUAUAUCUUGGAAUGUACAAGCAAGCAACAAGUCACACCAAUUUUACUUGAUUUGUUAAACAAGGAAUUGAAAAAUGUUAUAUCAGUACCUAAUUAUGAUCAAUCUAAAUAUCAACCUCAUGGUUUAAAGGUGGUUCACAAUUUUCAAAAAAGAGAAGGAGGAUUAGUAGAACUGGAGCGCAUGUGGAGGGAGCAUUUUCUUUUAACUAUGAAGCCAAAAUAUCUACCAAAUCUAUGGUCUGUUCGUCAUAAUCAAGAUAGAUUAACUAUUCGUCACUUACAAAAUACAAUUGAACCAGAGGAUGCAAAGGCUUGUCCACAAGACUACCAUAAGGAUGUUGACAACAGAUUAAUAAAUAUUCUUGUAAGGCCUCUUGAUUAAACAACCAAUAUGCAGAAUUAAAUAAUUUGUUUUCCAUAGUUAAAAUUGUAUGAAUCAGUGGAAAAACUCCACCUUGCCAAA